CAUGGAGAUUUGGGGAUUGUGGUGCACCCCGAGGGCACGGAGACUCUGCACCUCGUCCCCACAACGUGCCUCGUGAGUCAUUUCCAUCUGGCUGUUCCUGAGUGACAUCCUCCCAGAACGAGCUGGUGAUCUAAGAACAGCCUAUCUUCACCACGCGGGCGCACGUCUUCCAGAUCGACCCCAGCACCAAGAAGAACUGGGUGCCUGCAAGCAAGCAGGCGGUCACCGUUUCCUACUUCUACGAUGUCACCAGGAACAGCUAUCGCAUCAUCAGCGUGGAUGGAGCCAAGGUGAUUAUAAACAGCACCAUCACACCCAACAUGACCUUCACCAAGACGUCGCAGAAGUUUGGGCAGUGGGCGGACAGCAGAGCCAACACGGUGUUCGGCCUGGGGUUCUCCUCGGAGCAGCAGCUGACAAAGUUUGCAGAGAAAUUCCAGGAGGUGAAAGAAGCCGCCAGACUAGCCAGAGACAAGUCCCAGGAGAAAACGGAGACUUCGAGCAAUCAUUCCCAAGAAUCUGGGUGUGAAAGCCCGUCUUCUACUCAGGCAUCCAGCGUCAACGGGACGGACGAUGAAAAGGCCUCUCACGUGGGUCCUGCUGACACGCACCUGAAGUCUGAGAACGACAAGCUGAAGAUUGCUUUGACGCAGAGCGCCGCCAACGUGAAGAAGUGGGAGGUGGAGCUGCAGACCCUGCGGGAGAGUAACGCGCGGCUGACGGCAGCGCUUCAGGAGUCGGCCGCCAGCGUGGAGCAGUGGAAGCGCCAGUUCUCCCUGUGCCGCGAGGAGAACGAUCGGCUCCGGAACAAGAUUGACGAGCUGGAGGAGCAGUGCAGCGAGAUAAACAGAGAGAAGGAGAGGAACACGCAGCUGAAGCAGAGGCUCGAGGAGCUGGAGUCCGAAGUGCGGGAGAAGGAGACGGAGUUGAAUGACCUCCGCAAACAAAGUGAAAUCAUACCUCAGCUCAUGUCAGAGUGCGAAUACGUCUCUGAGAAGUUAGAGGCGGCAGAGAGAGACAAUCAGAACCUGGAGGGCAAGGUGCGGUCCCUCAAGACGGACAUUGAGGAGAGUAAGUACCGCCAGCGCCACCUGAAGGUGGAGCUCAAGAGCUUCCUGGAGGUGCUGGACGCGAAGAUCGACGGCCUGCACGACUUCCGCCGCGGCCUCUCCAAGCUGGGGGCCGACAGCUAGGGGCUGUGGGCCGAGGGCUGGGGCGUCCUCUCGUGUGCGUCGCUCUGUUAGUGCAGGUGUGGUUUGUUGCGCCUCCACACCCGUGGUGCCGUCCACUCUCCCCUCCGGAACACACGCCUCCUCUCGCCUCCCUGACCUCGCGAGGCUGCGGACAUCUGGAAGGUUCUGACUCAGGAAUCCCGCUCUAGGUCUCCCUUAAACGUUUACGUAGUCAGGGCAGGGAUGUUUGUAUCUUUCUUAAGGGCUGUUGCGACCAUACCAACUGAGCAAAGGAUUUUCUAUUACAAACAGGAACACGCUUUCCACCUCCUUUUUUUGGAAGAACGUUCAGAGCGUUUGAACGUCCACCAGGCACCCGUGCGCGGGGCAUGGGGGUAAUGCCUUCCCUCUCGAUAAGAAUCAAGAUGCUUUAAAGCAGCCGCUUAGUAGAGACUUGUCCGGAGAGAGCAAACAAGUCUGGGGUGGGCUCACAGGCACUGCCUGCACCCACUCUGCCCCCCUUCCACCCACCCCCAGUUCGUAGGGUUGCGACAGUGUUCCUUUCCUGGGUUUUAACUUCUGAGCAGAUGACUGUGCUGUGGGGACAGCGUGCAGUGAGGGCGCCUAGCACAGUGCCUGGCACAAAGGUGCUUAAUAAAUAUUUGUUUAACUAAACAGAUAAACAGAACUUAGUGUUUUAAUCGACACCCCCCCCCCCCUUCCCAGCCUCCUGCCAGCAGGGUCCAUUGGAUCCUGUUGAACAAUCCUUCCUUUUGCUGAUCUGGGCGAGUAUCAGAUAGGAAUUUGACUCAUUGUGUGUGGUCAAGCUUCUGGAUGGGCUCGGGUGGCCCUGGGGCAGGGCAGGUGGCCACGGAAGCAGCAGGAGCUGGUCUGAGGCCCCCCAGUGGUCCAUUCAUGGUGCUUGCUCUGUCCCUGGGCCCUUUUGAACUGGGACCACCCUUCUUCUCCAGGCUUGGGAUGUAGGCCAGGACCCUGUGUGGGGAAAGAGCUCGCCCAAGCCCACGAGGGAAAGUCUGCUCAGCCUGGCUGAGCCGUGACCUUAGCAACAGAGCAGCCCUGCCUGCCUCCCUUCCUGCUAAGGGAGGGACCAGAGACAUUCGGCUCUUCUCUCUUACAGAGUUUCUCGGCGGGGCCAGGGACAUCUGGGUGCCCUGCACGUGCCUUGGCUACAGGCAUUUCGAAAUGCCUUUCGGGAUGUUGGAGGCCUUACUGCCUCCUUGCCUCCCUCUGCCUGCUUUGAGAACCACCAAGAGAGCAUCCCCUUCUAGAAAAAGUUUCUAGAACUACCCCCUGGUGAAUCUGGAUAAACAACAAAACAGCCGAGGAGGCAGUGGGACACACACACACGCACGCACACGCCCACACGCGCGCACCCUAUGGUGAGUCCUGCCACCGAGACUGUCUCUGAGCAGAGAGGUAUUAUUUGGGAGGAGGGAAGGCCGGUCGUCUGGAGCACCGAGGCACCUCGGGACAGUGGGGGAUGGGGGCCUGCAGGCCGAGUGGGGCAGCUUUGCCUGAGCAUGCCGGGCUCGUGGCGCACGGGCAGUGGCAAGUGUGGGCAGCCCUCUCGGUGACAGGAGGUAGGGUGCUGCCGUCCUGCCCUCCCCAGAGCUCCGGAUGGCACAGGACAGUGGGUAGCAGCUCCCUACUGGUCAGGAGACCAGAAAGCCAGGCUGGCCGUGGUUUGGCCCAGCAGUGGCUGAAAGGGGGUUCUUCUGAGGCCAGGUCAGACCACCUGGCUGCAGACUGGACCUGGGGCUGCCUGGGAGCAGCCGGGAUUCCGAGACCUCAGCCUGGAGCCUUCCGAUGCCCAGCACUCCCGCGUGUUAGGUCACUUACUGGUCUGGAAGGGACCCUCUUGACUGACGGGAGUGUGCUCGGGUGACCUGUUCACAGGGAGGUAGAGUUGCCGAAGCCCUUGUGCAUUGCAUCUUGCUGUUGGUAGGAGACGUUGGCAGAAGUUGUACCACGACCGCUGUGUCCCUCCGUGGUCAGGGCCCACGAUCCCUGCCCAGCCAUCCCUGGGGAGUUGGGUGAGGACCCUGAAGGUGGGAGGUGAGGACCCGCGAGUGGCCUCAUGCGUUGCAGCCCAGGAGCUAUGAGCGGGACGGGCUCCUCAGAGGGUGCUGGGUUUAGCAGGGAAGAUACAACAGCCGUACAGAAGCACUAGCCUUGCCCCUCCUUCUGCUUUUCUCGGAAGAUCUCAGUGCUUCUUCACCGACAUUAUUUAAAAAAAAAAAAAAAAGUCCUGGGGACAACCUGGAGGGUCCAUGAAGACACUGCCUGGUCACUCACCCCUGGCACUGUGCGUGUGGGCUCCGUAUAAUGAAAAUGACCUGCUCAGUUCGUCCCAGUCUCUGCCUGAGCCGGUGUAACACGUCCUCACUUAUGAGGGCGUCAGCUCCACUGAUGUCCUGUGCUUGGCAUCAUGGAAAGCCAGCGUGGGCAGCUCAGCUCACCCGCCUCCCCCCCUCCCCCCCCCUGGCCCCAUGAGCAUGUGGCCCCGCUGUGCUGCUGGGACACGUAUCGCCAGCCUGCCCUUCGUUUCCAGAUCAGGCCUCCUGAUUCGGGCACGUCCAGGGCUGGCUGCCCAAACCCGAUUGGCUUUUGUCUGCGUCUGUUAAAGCUGGGGUCCAAAGCGGGGGACGCGCAGCACGGAGCCCUGUCGUGGUAAUGGGCCUGAAAAAUAAUUUUCCUUCUGAGUAGAGACCCAGUUGGCAAGGGGAGGAGAGGUCUUCCUAGUGACAGGUUGGGGCAGUAUGGUCAUGCCGUGAAGGGAGAGCGAGCCAGCAUCCACGUGAGACCUGGAAUGUGUGUGGCGCGUCAGUCCCACGCCGUCCAGCACGCUGUCACAUUAGACUUCAAGUGGGUGAGAGGGUCUCUCAGGGUCAUUCCCCACUUUGCAGACAGUGACACGCCUGUCACCCAGCUAGCGAUCAGCCCCAGGGGGCGCUGCAUCCAACUCUGCCAGACCUCGGUCCCGCCUCUUUCCGGGAGUCUUGCCACUCUUCUCCCUUGGUGACCUUUUGGCGCUAAGAAAACAAAUUCUCUUGUGUCCUGAUGAGACCACACUGUGGUCAUAUUAUUUUAACGUGAGUCCACAGCAAGCGAUGAUUUAUAAAUGAGCGAACUAGAAUUACAUUUGCGUUCAUUAUAGACAGUAAGGUCCAUUUGGUAAUGACUCUGGCUUUGCCGGGGUCAUUGCGAGACACUCCUGGUUACAGUGAUGUCCGUGCUCCGAGAGGCCGGAUCUAGGAAACACGAACACGUCGAGUUCUUUGUUGAUGGCUCUAGUGGAGACAGAGCAGAGCAGUGGGUGCACAGCAAGCGAGAAGCCCUGAGAUGUUAGAGCGAGAGGUAGCGCUCUGGCUGGGAGGUCCCCCAUGGGAAACGUGGACUCAGGGAGGACAGCGUAUAAGUCGCGUGCUCCCAGAAGCAUCACCAUCUGCCCGUUUUAAAGGACUAUUCUGUAGAAGUCAGGGGCAAAGCGGGACGAGAGCCAGCCGCGGGGCACGGCAGGGACCGUACCGGGGACCUCAUGUGUGGCCAGGUGCACCCUUGGAAGGCAGACUUAGCGUAGGCCUUCGAAAGACGCUGCCCUGUGAGACGGAGCCAGCCCCGCUCUUUGCUGAUCCCUGAAAGUGGGUUGUUGUGCCAUCGGUCCUUCUAAAAGUUACGAUUCUUUCUUUGAAAUACCAUUGGAUUUUGAAGUGCUGACCAUUUAAACUAGAAGCUUGUAAAUCAAUGUCCGUACAUAUUUUUAAAUGAUAUGCAUGGUUUAAGAGGAACCUAAUUCUGGGUACGUGGUUUCCUCCAAAAGAAAACAUUAUCUAUUCCGGGGGUGGUGGGGUGGCAUCAUGGAGAGGGAAUCCUGUACAGAAAUGUAUGUUCUUUAAGUGUCUUUUCCAUACACCUGCCUCAAGGAUUGUUACUCUUUAAAUGCCAGCCAGGCAAGAGGGGGACUUUGGUAAUAAUUUGGCAGCUGGAUGGAACAUCCUAGUGAACUUAGGAGUGUGUGUGUGUGUGUGUGUGUGUGUGUGUGUGUGUGUGUGUGUGUGUGUUGGGGAAAGAGAUGGGAGAAACUACAAAGAACAAGGUUUUAAAUGAAAAAUACGUACACCUAAGAAAGAAUAGCCUUUAAUACUCCUGGUGGUGAUACUCCAUGUUCUGGAAUCUAUGAGAAGAUGAGUUUCUGGGUCUUUCGUUUCGAGUGGGGUUGUACAGUGCCCUGCGCUCUCUGAUGAUGCAGAGCCUUGUGAAGAGGGGUCCCCCCCCCAGUCACACAGACCCCUGGUGCCCCUGGCCGGAGCCCAGAGAAACCACAGUGGAGGCCAGACUGGUACAUUUUGGCAGGUGGUUGACAGGUCUGAUGAUACACAGCUGCCGGGCGUGUGUCACUGUUGUCAGGCCGUUGUCCCGCUUUCGGUAUCAGGUCCUGACUUGAAAUAGUCGUAGCGAUGUCUCGUGAUAUAGCAGGCCACUAGGCAUUUCUUACAUCGAAUGUAAGAAUUUAAUCAUUAGUAUGAAGUGGUCGAGUGGGCUCUCCCAGGAGUACUAGGGUUUGUUUGGAUUUUUUUCCUUUUUUAAAUGCAUUUUUGGUACAUGAAUAAUCUAUACAUUUUUUU